AUGGACGGCCAAGGUCUCACUGUAACACGAAGUCUGGGUCCUGACACCGCGCAGCCUCGUUCCUCCUCCGUCUUGCACACCUAUGGCAUCUCCGGCGGUGGUGAACGUGAUGCUUGCGGUGCACGAGAAGAAGACGGCGGCGGCGGACCUAUACAGCCCCCUGCGGCAAUACAUCGCCACCACCUUCUCCGAGCGCGAGGCCCAGACCAACGAGGACGACCUCCAGGCCGUCCGCCAGAUGCGCUCCGAUCUCGAGAACCCGUCCUCCGCCGCGACCUCCUCCAGCACUACUUCCGCGCCCUCGCCCUCAUUGAGCCCCGCUUCCCCAUCUCCCGCGACGGCGCCCACGUCCACUUCCUGGCCUUCACAUGGCACGACGCCUUCAAGCCCUACAAGAAGGUCUCCCUCCCCUCCAUCCACCUCGAGAAGAGCGCCGUCCUAUUCGAUCUCGCCGUCGUCUACAGCCAGAUCGCACUAUCCACCGAUCGAUCCUCCGCCGCCGGGCUGAAGCAGGCUUGGCAUUCAUUUCAGGCCGCCGCAGGGGCUUUCGCGUUUGUGCGCCAUCACGUGGCUGCCAAGGCGGUUGCUGCUGGGGCGACGCUGGAUGUGUCUCCCGAGUGCGCCUCCAUGCUCGAGCGGCUCAUGCUUGCGCAGGCGCAGGGGUGCUUCUUUGAGAAGGUUGUUACUGAUGCCAAGCCUCCCGGGCUCUUCUCCAAGGUCGCUAGAUAG